AUGGCAAGUGGUUAUGACGUUCUGGUCAUUGUUUUAGCGAUUUUCAUCCCACCGAUAGCUGUACUUUUAGAGAAAGGCCUUUGGGUCGACUUUUUAAUCAAUAUUUGUUUAACGCUUCUUGGCUGGAUUCCUGGUAUGAUCCAUGCCUUCUACAUCAUUUUUCAAGAGAAGAAAAAGCCAGAAGAUAAUGCUGACAACAGUUAA